GACAUUCCCACCACCUAUUCCUCCUCCUCAUCAAAUGCAAAUGCAAACACAGCCCAUGAGACCAGCCAUGGUUCAGAGGAUGCCAUACCAGGAAGGAACCAGAUGCAGGAGCUCAUCUCUCGGUAGCAUUAUAUCGGAAGAGGAGUUCGAGGGAAGGAGAUCCUAUGCCAGAGCUAAUGGUAUGGUUGCUUCAGAGGCGUACUACCAAGAUCAAGGUUUCGCUAAGCCCCCUCCUGCUGUCACCACUUACUUGCCUGUAGCCCAACCUAUGCCGCCAUUUCCUGGAACUCCGCAGAUGCAGAUGGCUGCCCUCAACCUGGACACGCCUCCAGUUACCCCUACAGCGUAUCAGUACCCAUUGAUGGGUCCACGUCAGACUGCUCCUCCACAACAGUUUAUAUAUCGAAGUCCAACGAAGCCAAACCCGCAAAUCCGUGGUAAAAAUGUCAAUGGCUUUAUUGUAGUUUAAGGAAGAUUUUUUUUUUUUUGCAAAUUUCACAUUUUUGCAUGCUUUGGCAUUAUAAUGAUUUAUUUUCUUUCAAUUUAUUUAAUUGAAAGAGAAUAUUUAGCAAUUGAACACCUUGAAAAUUAAUUGAUUUAUGUCUACCAGAUUCAUUAAAUUGAUUUUGCUAAGAAGGAUUUUACUGUUUUUUAAUGAGAAACCAAAUAUAAAGUAGACAUUACUAUAAAGUUGAUUUAGAAAUGAUUUAUAAAUGUUCAUUGGAAAGUUUUCCUUAUUUUUUUCAAAAUAUUUUUCAUGUGUUUAAAUAGAUAUGUUCACUUUAAAAGAAUUCUAAAUCUACAUAAUUUUGAUGAUUGUUUUACAAAGAAAUAAUCUUGCAUUAAGGCUGUGUCUAAAUCACCUUAAUUCAAAGAAUUUGUUUAGAAAUUCUAUUUUUGAAAAAAAGGAAACUAUUUUUAAUUGUGAAUUCCAAUAAUGACUUAGUUUGUGAUGGUAUUUUCUCAAUACAGAUGAUGCUCAAAUGUCCUUUAAGCACUUGCUUUUGUAGUAAAUCUAGUCUUUGGUAACCAUUUUUAUAUAUAUCCAAAAUCUAUCCAUAAACAUCAAGCACAAAGAGUCCUUGUUGGUGUUUCUGUGGCUACAGUCUAGAACCCCAUCCUGUCGCCAACUGCGACAGGAUGGGGUUCUAGACUGUAGCCACAGAAUUUGUUGUCAAAAUGUUUUCCAAAGACUAUGUUCAUUAUAAUAUUAAGUGGUGUGGACAUUUUGAUAAUCAAACCCCAGUGCAAUCACUAGACUAGUGCUAGUUAAUAUUUUUAGACAUUCGAACAUUUUGCAUUUAUACAGUUACUUAACACAUUUCAAGUUUUAUAUUCAAUGUUCUAUCUUUCAUAAGAAUUCUAUUUUUAGCAUAAACUGCAUUAAUUAUUAAAUAAUUGGAUUCAUCUCUGAUUAUAUUGAAAGGAUUUUGUUCAUAACAAAAAAUUAUCUGUGUUGGUAAGUCAGUCAAUUAUUACUUUAAAAUAGAAAAUAUUGAAACAAAUUCAGAACAAAUAUUGCAAUAACAGACCAGUUUAAAAUGGAUCAUAAAACUGAUGUGUUUUGUACCGUCUUUCAUGCUUGUAAAAUUUGUUGAAAAAAAUAUGUAUAAAACUAAACAUGUUGCUAUUCAUAUGUCUGUAGAAUUACCAGUCUUUUCAUUAUAUUAUUAAGUUUAUUGAUUAGUAAUGAAGAAAACAAUAGUACUUUCCAAACAAGUUAUAAUCUGUAGGUUUGUGUGCCAGCAUACAUCUUCACCAUUUAUACAGAAAGAAGUGGAAAGAUCAUAUAACUUUGAAAAUACUCUAGCUUCCUGGUAUAUUGUAUUGUACAGGACCGUAAUCAGGUGAAUCAGGGGAUCGGACGACCCCCCCCCCCCACAGAAAAAGGAGUUACGCUCAACUAGACCAAUAGACAACACAACUUUACAAGUGCGAUUUAUGCACUUCUCAAUUGUAGUCCUGGAUUCUAAUAGGGUCAGUUUGUUUCUACUAAGUACAUACUGCUGAUGGUGUCAGUGGAAAUCCACCUUAAGCAUACAAUAAGUAUGCAUGUUAAUGACAGUAUAUAGUUUAUUGCUAGUUAAGUAUAUGUUUUCUUUCUCUUAAGUACUUUCCCUCCACUUAAAAAAAGUAAAAAAUGUGCUAUUUUUUUCUUUGUUUCAAUAUUUAGAAAAGGAAUGUCUGUUUUGAAGCAGUUAGAAAAUGUUAUAAUGUUUGUGUUAUACUGGUGUAUAUAUUGGAACCUAGGUUUGUGAGUUAAAGUAAUUAAUUUCCUCUCUAUAUAUUAUUUUACAUAAAAAUAAACAUUUCUUAAAAUACAACCAGUUUUAGAAAGAUUUAUGUAAACAGAAAUAUAUAUUUAAAUGUUAUGUUAACUAGUAAAAGAAGUGUGAAUAAAUGUGCUCCAAUUGUAUCAGUCUAAAAACUGUAAAAGAAAGUAUUAUGAAAACCAGUAAAUAUAAUGAUAUAUUUUUAAAUAUUGAAAUCAUUUUAUUUUAUUUUCGAAAAAUUUCUUUAAAUAUGUAUACUACUUGAAUAACUUUAAAUCUCAAAUGAACUGCAGUUAGUAAGUUUCAUUUAAUCUCAUUAUAAAUAAUAUGAAAUCAUUGUGUAUGCAAAAAUACCCUAUCCUUUUGAUACACUUAGAACCUCAUCUUGCAUUUACAUAUCAGUUGCAUUGUUAGUAAUUGCAGUAUUUGGAAUAUUUGACACCCAGUAUUUAAGUGAUCCACAAAAAACGAAGUUUCAUUCAGGUAUUCUAAGUAUAAAAGAACGUUCGUUCAUACAUGGUAUUGAUUUUGUAAUAUAUUUAUUAAGAGCAGUUUUUUCAGUAACUGAACUCUAGCGAAAAACAAAAAAAAAUUAAGGAAAAAUCAACUGUAAUUAAGUUACCAAUAGUGUGUCUCCAUGCAGCAGGCAGCUGACAUAAUAUGGUACCAAUGGAAAUGUAAUUUUACUUGAUGUGUUGGUUUCCAACAAUAUACAAGUUUGUGUUGUAGAAGAUUUAUUGAUAAGAAAUAUUUGUCUUGUUUUGUGAAUAUGCACACUCAGCUUUAGGGAAGAUAGUAUGAAGAUUGUUAUCUAGAAACCAUAUAUAUGUAUCAGUUAUAUGCCACAAAAUAUAUUUGAAUGCUAUCAAAUGAUUUCUAUUAUAUGUCUAAGUAUUAUAUAUAUAUAUAUAUAUAUAUAUAUAU